GAAGCCUUUUUGCCGAACAUACGUUGGCGUCAUUUCGUGAAUUUUAUGGUCGACCAGUAAUCCAGCUAGAACUCUCCAACUUUGCUCUUAACGUCCAUGUCGGUAUGGCUACCGCGCUCUCAGAAAGCUGCUUUUGUACGCUGUUAUAGCCGCCAACUCGUCGAAGCACGAACCACUCGUUACAUAUCACCUCUGGGCCCGCGUUCUAAUACACACCUUGUGUUGCCGCGCUCCGCUACUUAUGCUCUUACCUCCUACCGCACCCAGAGCACAUCAACCUCUUCAUCUGCUCCCGCAAACCGUGAAUCUACCAGCAAAAUCAUCUCUAGUGAUUCCUCGACUCAUGAACCGAAGGCUGCGCCCCCUGCACCCAAGGAUCCAGCCUCUGACGCACCGCUCAUGACUCGGGCGUGGAAAAAAGUGAAACACGAAGCGGCGCACUAUUGGCAUGGCUCGAAACUUCUGGUUUCCGAAGUCAGGAUCUCCGGCAGACUGCAGUGGAAGAUUCUUCAUGGAGAGAGCUUGACCCGAAGAGAACGACGACAGCUAAAGCGUACGACGCAGGACUUGCUUCGGCUCGUUCCCUUUGCUGUUUUCAUCAUUGUGCCGUUCAUGGAGCUCCUACUUCCUGUCGCUUUGAAGUUAUUCCCCAAUAUGCUUCCCUCGACUUUUGAAGACAAAUUUGCUGCUGAAGAGAAACAGCGAAAGCUCCUUCGAGUGAGACUCGAAAUGGCAAAGUUUCUCCAGGAAACUUUGCGAGAGUCAGGCUUGAAGGCUAAUGCACACAUAAUAGGCUCGGAUGCCUUCGAGGAGUUUUUCAGGAGGGUUCGCUCCACUGGAGAGCCACCCUCUGCAACGGAUAUUAUCAAUGUCGCUAAACUCUUUGACGAUGACCUCACUCUCGAUAACUUAUCUCGGCCGCAACUUGUUUCAAUGUGUCGGUACAUGGGCAUCAAUGCCUUCGGCACUGACAAUUUCCUCCGGGGUGCCAUUCGCUCACGUCUUAUGAAUCUUCGCCGAGAUGAUCAAGCCAUCUACGCUGAAGGCGUCGAGGAGUUGUCAACCUCGGAGUUGCAGGCUGCAUGUCAAUCUCGUGGUAUCCGUACCACCGGUGUUUCUCCUGCACGACUUCGGGACGAAUUGUCUACAUGGAUUCAGCUGCAUCUUCAUAAUCGUGUUUCCGGUGUACUGUUGAUUCUCGGAAGAGCCUUCCAUUUCGACCGCAAGCCUGGUGAAGACGAGGACGGCAAAACAACUGUAAUUAAGAGCCUUGAAAGUGUCCUUAGCGGAUUGCCAGACAACUUGCUAAAUGAAGCCGAACUAGAGGUCGACUCGGACAGCGCUAGCUAUAAACAAAAGCUCGAAGUUCUACAACAGCAAGAGGAGCUCAUUGAGGAUGAAGAGGAGCAGGAGCAAAAAGAAGAAGAUGCGCGCCGCGCCAAGCGUGAGGCUGACGAGUCAGAAGCACGCACCGCACAGUCUCUUCUGCCUGACACUGAGCUCCAUCCAGAACGGUUCGAGGAGGAGAAUGCUCGCAUGACUACCGAACAACUGAAGGAGCUUGGAGAAGCGUUGUCAAUUUUGUCGGCGAAGUCCAGUGUCCUGAAGGAACGUGACGAGCUUCGCGCCCUCAUGGAAGAGAAUCUUCAAGCGGAAGAGGAUCCCAAGUCUCCUUCAGGGGCGCUGACAAAGCGCAUCCGGACAAUGCUCACGAAAAUCGACACUCAACUGCAAGAAUACGAUUCACGCGUUGGCAAUUCUUUGCAAAUGUUCUCCGCAGAUCCACAAGGGCGCAUACCUGUGAAAGACCUGGAGAAGGCACUUGCUGUGAUCAAGCACAAGCCUGACGACGUAGUCGGACAAGCAGUGAUCCAGAAGUUGGACGUUGACAAAGAUGGCUUUGUGGAGCUGGAGCAUGUGCUUGGUCUUGUAAAGGAAGAGGGUCUUGGUAUCGAGAUCGAUGAUGAGGCCCAAACGUUGAUUGGGGAAAUCAAGGAUUCGAGACCGAGGAAAGAGGACAUCGUCCAGGAGUAAGGCCGAUCCAGACAUUUUACAUAUAGACUAGAGCACAACUCUAUUAUCCACACGUACCAUACUUAAGAAUUCAGUACUCAGGCUUCGGCCACCAGAGGUGACUCGAUUAUGUAGAUUGCUCUUGGAAUCAACGUCUCGUCGUCAUUCAAG